CAAGCACCUGUAACCCGUUGAUGUGAGCUUUGAUCUUGUUUGGAACUCGGCAGCCGCAUGCAAUGUUUGCCUUACCUUGAAGAAACCGAUGGUCGAAGCCGUUUAAAAACGUUCGGGUGUGUUAAGAACAAGAAGCUUGUAGUGCCGAUUAAUUAUUGUUGAUGCAAUCGGCAGGUGUGUGAGAGCAAAUGCAUGCUUCAGUCGGGAGGACUCACAUCAUACAAACAAGGGAAGCUUGGCUGACUCAGAGAAUGCUGAUGGUGGUUGUGACGGUAACAGGAUAGGAAAGGGCUAUGUCCAGCUUUGGACCCGCCGCGUGAUGGUAAGAUUCAAACCUGGAAGACGCCAAUUCGAAACGGCACCAACACCAUGCCUAAGUGGAACGCGGACUUUCAGCCUAGCGGCACUGCCGCGAUCUCGUGCUCGCCAAGCGGUGUCUACAGCAGAGAGCUGGGACGCUGUGUGUCGUCGACCAUGUCCUCUGCAACCGUGUACCUGGGCAUCGUUGCUGGUAUCGGAGGACUCAUUAUGUUCACACUGCUAGGUCUCAUCUUCUGGAAGAAACGGAAGGCUGCGGACGAGGCGGAGAGCGUGUCAAUGGACAAGGCCGCGCCGGAGCUGGAUUUCCUGCAGCAGAGCGCCUCGAUAGCCACCGCAUCACCGGCCGACCAUGCACCGCAAGACGACGUCGUGCCACCGGCGUUCAGACGCCCCAAGGGACGACUCUCUUUCGUCGUCCAGUCCGGCGAUGGUGGUGGGAACGCGGAUGACCCGUUGCUGGUGGACAGAGCGCUGGCUGGGGUGUCCGCGCGACCUCGCAGCCACAGCUUAAACUCGACGCUAUUCACAAAGACGAGCGUGGCGGAAAUGGGGCCGCGGACAGUGUUCAGCCUCCAGCGCAGCUCCAUCGACUGCAAUGGUGGUGUGUGCACAACGAGCAGUAGCACAGAGGAUACUGCCUCGGUGCUUGACGCCCGCCCGAGGCUUCCCUCGGCUCCGUCGCGCCUGCAGCGCCUAAUGGACGCUUCCAGCUCGCACAGCCUGGGCUCCAGUGACAGCGCUGCGUCCCAUGGCGGCGCGGAAAACGCUCCGGGUGAACGAGCCCGUGCCAUAUCAGUGCGGGCCAGUACAAUCUCAACUUGCUCGGGCAGCCUGUCCCAGUACAUUAGCAUGCAGCGACAACAGCAGCAGCAGCAGCAGCAGCAGAACAACGCCAGCCACGAUAGCAACGUGGUCAAGACGACUGCGUCGAGGAAAACGUCCGCGGCGAAACAAUGGCCGCUGGACAUGGGACGGCGACUGACGAAGAAGUACUCCGCGGGAAGGAAGUCGGUGGAGCAGGACGUGGCGUGUGAGUACAUGGAGGACUGGUCGCCGGAAGUCAGUCCCAGGGUCAGCACUACGGCCUCACUGGCUGGCACAGGUGCAGGCGGUAGUGGCGGCAGCAAAGCGUUCAAGAACAUUGCCAGCCUGGGCAAGCUGUUCAUGACCAGGUCCGGCUGUGAGCGAACGCUGGAUCAGCCGUCGGCCAGCCUGCCCGCUUCGUCGUCGUUCUUUGGUGGCGGAUUCCGAAACGACCAGUUGGACGGCGAGCAGCAAGCCCACAGCGGCAAUGAGUCGCCGGCGCCAAUGGGCAUCGCCGGUCUCAACGGAUCCCCCAUUCAGUCGUGGACAUCCAUCAAUCGACAGAUGUCCUCGGCCUCACUGCCUAGCAUGCCUGUAGCGUCGUCGACCUCGUCCAUUCACCGGCAGAUGUCCUCCGCGUCACUAUCUAACACGCCGCCUAACCUGCAGUCGCCCAUGACAUCGCUCCACCGACAGGUGUCGUCUGCGUCGACUAGGUCCGGCGCGUCUCUUCAUCACCAGGUGUCGUCCGCGUCGCUAUCGAACACGUCGCCCAAUGCAGCAGCGGCGCAGUCUCCCACGUCCGUGAGAUCGUCGUCCUCGUUAUCCAGCGUGUCUCCCCCCAAUCCCGCGGCGCAGCAGUCUCCGAUGCUGGCUCGCAAGCAGGUGUCAUUGUCGUCGCUAUCCGGCCCACCGCCGCCUGUGAGCGACAGCCCAAGGCCGCGACUACCUCGCGAUAAAACAGCCUCCCUCAAACAGAGCCACAUUAAUCGCACCAUGUCGUUCGGACUGGCACGCAUCACAUCCCAACAGGUCAUCUCCUCGACCUCCAUCGGAUCGAUUCUGGGACGAAUCCGCCACAAUUCACCGGCAAGAACCGCCUCUAAGAAGCAGGAGAGAUCCGGCGCAGAGCCUUCGAUCCUCACGCGGCCAACCUCGGUGGGCAGUUCGGGAUUCAGCGAGAAGAACACGUUUGUGUCGCACCUGCAGGGCCAGUUGCGCGAGGACCGGGCGCACUUCAACUCGUUUCCGUGCGCCGUGCAGCCAACCGUGUCCAAGCACAACGUUCCGCUUCCGGCAAUACCCGCCCAGGCGUCUGCAGCCGCAGCCGUCGCCGCCAAGGAUCCCUCUGUCGGCAAUGGCGGUGGCGACAACGGGCAUGAACCGAGCUACGUCAGUCUCGGCGCAUCGCGGCACAUCCCAGCUCCGGGCGACACCACCACCAGCGCGACAAGACCGAAGCUCCAGCAGCAGCAAAGCAGAGGGAAGCAAGUCGGCGGCUCGCAGGUGUCGGCGUCAGCACCGUCAACAUCAUGCUUGGCUGAAGAAUGCAGCGCCGCUGCUGAGAGGGGAGCAUGCCACGCAUCGGCAUCACCGCCGGAAGCACGCUCGCAUCGCGAGAGCGAAGUCAACUCGCGCAGCAGCAUGCGGUCAACGCCCGAUCACGGUCUAUCCCGCUCGUCGUCUUCAAAAGAACCGUCGGAGAACGCCGACGACAUGAGCCCCGUGCAGUCGGUGACCGAUGUCUGCGGGCAGCCGUUGGCAUCGCGCGGACCUCUGCGUCGCACCUCGUCUCUGACCAGCGCCAGUCGUUUCUCCAUGGCGCGGUUCCAAUCAAGCACGGGCCUGCAGACCAUCGUUGACGCCACUCCGUACACGUCGCCGCGUUCCUCCGUAGACCACACCCCAGGCGGUACUCACAGUACGGAAUACACUCCGUACUCGUCAAUUACCUCGCAGCCGCCAGACACCAGCAUUCCGUCGCCGUGUCUGUCCGUGUGCGGCGAGGAGGACGACGACGAGCUGAGUCCGUACGCACAGCUAGCCACCGUUCUGUCGCAGCUGUCGCGCGAUCGUGCUCGCACCGCUCCGGAACUGCCCGGCGGCGAAUCUUCGCUGAACCCGCCCACCAUGACGAUGAAGUUCAUACGGGUGUCGGACGAAAACGUCUUUGAGGAAUCGAUCUACGAGAGCCACGUACUGGUGUCUGACGUGGCGUGUCCCAUCGGCUUCGACCGUCAUCGUUCAUUGCUGGCGCUGGCGCCGGCCAAGGAUGCGGCUGCGCCUGCGGCUUCGGCGACGGAGCGUCGGCACAGCUGGCCGGAGACGGCCGCAGCGGAGACGCAGCGCCUGGUGGCGCACACGCAGCUCGACGCCUACGCCGAGCCCGUGGAGCUGGCGCCGCGGCCAGCCACCGUCGACGAGCCGAGCGGCACACCGCGUCCGUUCCUGCAGCCCUCCAGUUGCCAUAGUGAUUCUAGCUACAUCCUCGCCGGCGGCGGAGACAACUGCGCCAUGUCGCCGAGUCUGACGCGGAACACGUCUUUCCGCUACUCUCAGGCCAGCGGGAUGGGCACACCGUACACUGUCUUGAGCGAUGAUGAGCUUGCCGAUCCUUGGCGAUUCGAGUAAUUAGGUGCUCGUCCAAAGCUCGUUCGACUAGCUUCUUCAAGACUAUUAUGUACCCUGUCCGGAGCGAUGAUGAGCUUGUCUAUCCUUGAAGACACACAAAAUUAGUAGGUGUUCUUCCCAAAGCUCGUUCGAUUAGUUUCUUCAAGACUAUUUUAGUUGCUGACUUCUUCCUCUCCCUUUCCCCACCUUUCGCAUAAACAACAAUCCAACACUUUAGAUGCCUAUUCGUAUGGAUGUAAUCCUCUAAAGGCAAAGUGCUCAAUAUUUUGCUCUUGUCCCCUGGCUUACUCUCCGGCCUCGCCAGCGUCGCUUGAACGUUACAUCGUCCCCGGUUUUGACGUACUCGACGGACGGCCAAUAUUGCAGGACUCCCUGGAGAUUGGUAUCCUUACAUCCCGUUGUCCCUCUUGACAUACUCGACGGGCUCCCGUUAUUGCAGGACUGCCUGGUACUCGUUUCCUACCCACUUCUGCCGAUGCCCUCAGCUGCACUGAUUACGCACACACUCUGGCUUAGCAUCUCAGUACAGGCAUUCUAACCAUCAAGCGGCCCGAUCAUAUAGCAACAAGUUCGCCAGUUUCAUCCGUCAGAUAACUUUCAAAAACAUUUUCCAUGGAGGAUUAAUUGUCCGCCUCCUAAAUCCCGUCUUUUAAAAAUUUCUAAUUCUUCCUGACUUUUUUUCUUUUUUUUACAGCUCAGCCAUUCUGCAAGCGGGUUCACCUGUUGAGUAUGCACACACAGUCUUCAGUAGCACUGCCCUGCCAAUGCCCACUGCCUGGACGCACACGCAUUCACGGGAUUCGGAUAGCCCUGGUCGAGUGUAUAGCGCAUGUUUGUUUGCUUUUUUAUCGGGAUUCGCAGCUCGCCGCAUUCUUUACUUUCUUGCUCGGUAUAAGCGGCGCUGUUGUGUCUUAGGUUGCGCCGUGUGCAUCUCGUUUGUCCUGAUCUUUUUAGGCGUGUCGUUGUUUGUGUACGUGUCUGCUUGUUUGUUUUCGUCUUUCCCCAUUUCCGUUAUCCGUUCUCUUCUACGGCCGUUUGUUCAAUUUGCUACUGCUUACUGUGCUAUGUGGCACGUCUGACAACCUCUUCCAUUUGCUCAACUCUAUUCACUAUAAUAAUAUCGUG